UCACCUAUGGUAAAAUAGCUCACUUCAUAGAGCUAGAGCAUUGGGAUGUUUUGUAGAGCCCCAUAGAAUGCUAUUGGAUGUUCUUGCCUCUUUGUUACCUUCUUUAUUGUCCAUGCAUCUGUUUGUUCUCACUUCUCUUGGUUGGUAAAAGGCCAAGAAAGCAUUUUAAAAAAUUGUUACAUAGAAAUAUUUAUAAACUAUAGAGUAUAUGAAUAGCAUCAUUAUAGCUGUCUCUUCAGGACUCUUAAGGUUGACAUUUUGUAUUUCUUUUUUUUUCAGUAUUGCCAUGGAUAGCAACCAUGAAAAGAAUUGCAAACUCAGUAAAACUGAGAAGAAGUUCUUAAGGAAACAGAUUAAAGCCAGGCAUACUUUGCUGAGACAUGAAGGCAUUGAAACAGUAUCCUGUGCCACUCAGAUCCUGGUCAUUGCCAAUGGUGGUUUGGGUAAUGGCGUGAGUAGGAACCAACUGCUCCCAGUGUUAGAGAAACUCGGACAGGUGGAUGCUCUCUCAAUGCCACCUAAUAAGCCCUACUCAUUUGUAACAUACAAAACUGUAGAAGAAUCCAAGAAAGCCUAUGCUACCCUCAAUGGACAAAAAAUAGUGGAUGAUUUAGGACAAAAGAUCAUUCUGUACUUGAAUUUUGUGGAAAAAGCACAAUGGAAGGAGUUGGGGCUCCAAGCCUUACCUCCAGGCCUCAAAGUAGUGGAAGAAAUUAUUUCUUCUGAGGAUGAGAAACUGCUUUUGGAUAGUGUUAAUUGGACAGAGGAUACGGACAAUCAAAAUUUUCAAAAAUCCUUAAAGCACAGAAGAGUGAAGCAUUUUGGUUAUGAAUUCCACUAUGAAAAUAACAAUGUAGAUAAAGAUAAGCCAUUAUCUGGGGGUCUUCCUGACAUUUGUGAUAGCAUUUUGGAGAAAUGGUUGAAGGAAGGGUUCAUUAGACAUAAACCUGAUCAGUUGACUGUGAACCAGUAUGAACCUGGGCAUGGAAUUCCUCCUCAUAUUGACACACAUUCUGCUUUUGAAGAUGAGAUCAUUUCUCUCAGUUUGGGGUCAGAGAUCGUCAUGGAUUUUAAACAUCCAGAUGGGGUCACAGUGCCAGUCAUGUUGCCUCGUCGGAGUUUGCUGGUGAUGACAGGAGAAUCUAGAUACCUUUGGACUCAUGGAAUAACGCCCAGAAAAUUUGAUACUGUUCAAGCAUCCAAGGGUCACAAAAGUGGAGUUAUCAUUGGUGAUGUUGGAGACUUAACUUUAAGCAAGAGGGGAAUACGGACAUCAUUUACAUUUAGGAAAGUGAGGCAAACACCUUGUAACUGUGGUUACCCUUUGGUCUGUGACAGCCAGAUGAAGGAGACGACUCCUUCAUUCCCAGCGAGCGAUAAAGAAGCCUCACGGUUGGAGCAAGAGUAUGUGCAUCGAGUCUACGAAGAGAUCGCUGGGCACUUCAGCAGCACGAGACAUUCUCCGUGGCCACACAUUGUGGAGUUUUUGAAAGCUUUGCCAAGUGGUUCGCUAGUGGCUGAUAUUGGAUGUGGAAAUGGAAAGUACCUUGGCAUAAAUAAGGAGUUAUAUAUGAUUGGCUGUGAUCGUAGCCACAACCUUGUGGACAUUUGUAGAGAGAGGCAGUUUCCGGCCUUUGUCUGUGAUGCGUUGGCAGUGCCGGUCCGCAGUGGGUCCUGUGACGCCUGCAUCUCCAUUGCUGUUAUUCACCAUUUUGCGACAGCAGAGCGCAGAGUGGCAGCUCUUCAAGAACUUGUCCGGCUCCUGAGACCUGGUGGGAAGGCACUUAUUUAUGUUUGGGCGAUGGAACAAGAGUAUAAUAAGAAGAAGUCCAAGUAUCUCAGAGAAAACAGAAGUGGCCAAGGAAAGAAAGAGAGCAACAGUGAUCCAUCAGAGCAGGAGCUCUUUGUGGAGCGAGUGCCUGACACAGGCCAUCAAGACUCAGCAUGUUCUGUGCCCUCCGUUAAUGACUGUCAGAAGGAAAGAUGUAAUUCAAGCAAAGUUGCUAAUUCCAAGCUGCCUAUUCACACUAACAGGACUUCUUUUCAUUCUCAAGACUUACUGGUUCCCUGGCACCUUAAGGGAAGCUCUAGUAAAGAAAAACCUACUGAGCCUCUUGGUCCAUUAGGAACCCAUGACUCAAGUCCUGUGUUUCAUCGUUACUACCACGUGUUCUGUGAGGGAGAAUUGGAAGCUGCCUGCCAGACUUUGAGUAAUGUCAACAUUCUGCAAAGCUACUAUGAUCAGGGGAACUGGUGUGUGAUUCUUCAAAAGGUCUGAUUAUCUCUGAACAUACCAUAUACAGGAAAGAAAUGCUCAGCUUUUUUUUUUAAAGCGGACUAAAUUAACUGUUUUUUUAGUUAAAGAGAAAACUUGUGGUAGAGUACCAAAGGAGUGCACCUGAGAGAAAUUUGGAGUAGAGAUUAGUUGGGAAACAUUUAGUCUAACUACUAUUGCUGACCUUGUUUUAUCCAUAAAUGUAGGCUUCUAUAGGGAGGAACAGGGGUGGUUUUUUAAAGUGAUUGAAGUAGUUUGUGAUGUAGUUAGGAUCCUGGGGUAAGUGUACAGCAUUUUGAAGAUAAAAUUUUGUUAUAAAAUGUUACUAAAUGAAUUGAAUUAUGUAGAAUCAUAGUGAAGAAAUUGUACAACACUUUAAUAAAGAAAAUUCCUAUUUAGUAGAAAAUUACCUGAAA